CGAGGCGGGCCGGCAAGCGUGAGGCGGCAGGGAGCGGGCCGAUAUGCUGCGCGCCUCCCUCCGCGAGGUUUCGGCAGCGUUGAAGGAAGGACGUGUCACUCCGACGGAGCUCUGCCAGAGGUGCCUUUCCCUCAUCAAAAGCACUAAGUUUCUUAAUGCUUACAUUACCGUAGCGGAAGAAACUGCUUUGAAGCAGGCUGAAGAAUCAGAGAAAAGAUACAGGAGAGGUCAGCCACUGGGUGUUUUAGAUGGAAUUCCUGUUGCAGUAAAAGACAACUUUAAUACAGCUGGCAUUGAGACAACAUGUGCAUCAAACAUGCUAAAAGGUUAUAUUUCUCCUUACAAUGCUACAGUAGUUCAGAAAUUACUGGAUCAGGGAGCUGUGCUUUUAGGAAAAACAAACCUAGAUGAAUUUGCCAUGGGAUCUGGAAGUACAGAUGGGAUAUUUGGACCAGUCAGAAAUCCCUGGAGUUAUUCAAGACAGUACAAGGAAAAAUCCCAUUCUGAGGACAAAGAGCCUAACUGGGUAAUAACGGGAGGGAGCUCAGGAGGCAGUGCAGCUGCUGUGUCAUCUUUCACAUGUUUUGCAGCUUUAGGGUCAGACACAGGAGGAUCUACCCGAAACCCUGCUGCUCACUGUGGUGUAGUAGGUUUAAAGCCAACAUAUGGACUGAUCUCUCGCCAUGGUCUCAUUCCUCUAGUGAACUCCAUGGAUGUGCCAGGAAUCUUAGCCAGAUGUGUGGAUGAUGCAUCAGUUGUGCUAGGUUCCCUUGCUGGACAUGAUCCUAAAGACUCUACCACAAUUCAGGACAAUUUUAAGCCAUUUGAACUACCCAAUCUGACUGAUGUCAGCCAGCUCUCGAUAGGAAUUCCGAAGGAAUAUCAUGCACCAGGGCUUUCUAGUGAAAUUCUGGCUCUCUGGUCAAAGGCUGCUGACCUCUUUAAGAAUGCAGGUGCUAAAGUAAUUGAAGUGAGUCUACCACACACUCGUUACUCAAUUGUCUGCUAUCACGUGCUGUGCACAGCAGAAGUGGCAUCAAAUAUGGCCAGGUUUGAUGGACUGGAAUAUGGGCACCGUUCUGACAUGAAAAAGUCCACAGAAAGUAUGUAUGCUGCAACACGACGAGAAGGCUUUAAUGAUGUUGUUAGAGGAAGAAUUCUAUCAGGAAACUAUUUCUUGUUGAAACAGAACUAUGAGAAUUACUUUAUCAAGGCACAGAAAGUCAGACGUCUCAUUGCCAAUGACUUUGUGAAGGUUUUUGGGAGCGGUGUUGAUAUUUUACUCACUCCUACCACUCUGAGUGAUGCAGUACCAUACGUGGAAUUCAUCAAAGAAGACAACAGAACCCGCAGCGCACAAGAUGACAUCCUAACACAGGCUGCAAACAUGGCUGGACUGCCAGCCAUAAAUGUUCCUACAGGUCUUUCAGAGAGAGGCUUGCCAGUUGGGCUUCAGUUCAUUGGACGGUCAUUCCACGAGAAGCAGCUUCUCACUGUAGCCAAAUGGUUUGAAAAACAAGUAAAAUUCCCAAUGAUCCAGCUAGAAGUGAAGAGGCAUGACCAUAGUGCCUGUCACAAUCAGAAAUCUGCUUCUUUUUCAUAACAUGGGACUUGCUAGUCGGUUAAAGCAAGAAGGCUGUGGGGAUGGUCUAAAAAUGUAUUCCUGCAGUUAAUUCUUUUUUGCAGAAAUAAUAAUCUGUUUUAAGGAGACCAUAUACAGUAAUGCAGGAUGGAAUCAUCACAGCUUGUUACUAUGUAAUUAAGGCAAAGUGAAUCAUUACAUAAACAUGCCCGUUAUGAAGAACCAUUUCUAAGUGAUAUUAAAAACAGCAGGUUGAAAUUAUGUAUCUUAUGCCUGUGGAGCUGCUUUUUUCCAUCCCCAGAGGGCGUCUAAGGUAUCUGGCCCAUUAAAGUACUAACCUGAACCUUCCUGUGAAAAUUGCAUCGUUGCCAAAGGAUUGGUUUCCUUCUGGAGCAUAGACUUUUGUAAUGGAACAACUAGACAAACUCUAAUGGAGCAAAGGUAUCAAGGAUCCAUUCACCAACAGGAAAUGCAACAGGAAAUAAGGGAAUAACAUAUAGAGGGUUCAUUAAAAAAAAUAAAAAUCCCUUCUAGUAAACUCAUGCAGAAGGUGAAAUAAACUUCAGGUUUACAAAUCAUGCGGAUUACUCUGGUUACAUUCAUUGUAAGAAUGAUGAAUUCCAGAUUUCUUCUGGGGAAAGAUGUCUACCAGUCCUUGACUAGUUAUUUUCUUCUUCCUUCAUCAGUGUGCUUUAUAAUCAGCACUUAAUUUCUUUCUUAGUAAGUAUUCAUUUUAUCUUCUUCAGCAUAAGUCUCCAUAAAAGUAAUACCACCUAUUCCUUCGUGGACGGUUGUUCAACACAAUAGUAACUUGAAACAAAUUUUGAAACCAUAAUGUUGGUAGACUGGAAGACCUACUAAACAACUAAUAACCUGUUGUGACUGUUGUAGUUUCCAUUUUUCAAAAGUUGAGAAAGUAUGAAGGAUAAGUUGGUAAAUUUGGUUUUGCAUCAGAUUUGCUUUCAGUCAUAGUUUACAGUUUGCACAGAUGUAAAAAGUGUAGGGUGGGAAAAACAAUUGUGAUUUAGUCUGAUAUGGUAACCUACAGAAUCUUCCUGAAUUACAUCGUCUUACACUAUACUGUCACCUUUAUAAAAAAAUCACCUUAUUUCUAAAAAUUGCAAAUGAAUUGGUAAAUUUUCCACACCCCAAGGUGAGCUAUUCCAAUACCUUUACCACAUGAUUAAAAUGGUACAUGAUU